AAGUGGAUGAUGUAUUGGAUAGUUUUUGCAGCAUUCAUUUGUAUCGAAAGCUUAACUGAUAUAUUCCUUGAAUUUUGGUUCCCAUUUUAUUAUGAAAUUAAAUUGCUCAUGCUGUUAUGGAUUUCUUGUCCAUUUACAAAAGGUUCAACAAUUCUAUACAAACAACUAGUACAUCCAACUUUGUUGAAAAAAGAAACAGAUAUUGAUGAAUUUUUGGUCAAUGUUAAAUCACGUACCUAUAAUGCUUUAGCGUCAACUGCCAAACAAACAUUUCAAAUGACAGCUGCAAUUGUUGCCCAGCAUACAGUGGUAAAUAUUCAAUAUAGAUUAUUAAAAAUAGGAAAUAUAUGGUACAAAAAUUCAGAUCAAUUUAAUAUUAUUACAUAACAAUAGUAGACUAUGAA